UCUGCAGCGGAACGGGAGAUUGUGAGAGAUGUCAAGGAGAAGCUUUGUUAUGUGGCUUUGGAUUUUGAAAAUGAGAUGGCAACUGCUGCUUCCUCCUCCUCUCUUGAAAAGAGCUAUGAGCUUCCUGAUGGACAAGUCAUCACCAUUGGAAAUGAACGAUUCCGAUGCCCAGAAACUCUCUUCCAGCCAUCCUUCAUAGGGAUGGAAUCCGCAGGUAUCCACGAAACCACUUACAACAGCAUCAUGAAAUGUGACAUUGACAUCAGUAAGGAUCUCUAUGCUAAUAAUGUCCUCUCCGGAGGAACCACGAUGUAUCCUGGGAUUGGCGAUCGUAUGCAGAAAGAGAUUACAGUUUUGGCUCCAAGUACUAUGAAGAUUAAGAUGAUUGCACCACCAGAACGUAAAUACUCUGUCUGGAUUGGGGGUUCAAUAUUGGCAUCUCUGUCCACUUUUCAGCAAAUGUGGAUCAGUAAAGAUGAAUAUGAGGAAGCUGGCCCCUCUAUUGUCCAUCGCAAGUGCUUUUGAACACUUCUAUCAUGUACUGUCAGCGAUAAGUAGUGCUGUUUCUCUACACAUCACCUGCCCUCAUUCACCCCUGAGGGUGGUUUGGCUUUCUUCCACAACACACAAAUAACAGGCUGUGUGGAUG